UAGUGUCAUUGCUAACCUAAAAACUCAAUUGUUUUCUUCUGACUAAAAUAAUUUUCCUUAAAAUACUUUUUUACUAAAAUCCAUAGCAAAAUGAACGUCUUAUUUAGAAGAAGUGUUAUGCCAUUAUAUAAUAAUGCUCUAAAAAUAUCAUGUCGUUCUUUUGCGGAUGCUGGAGUUAAGGAAAAAAUUGAUAAAAUUGUGAAAAACAACAAAGUGGUAGUCUUCAUGAAAGGCGUUCCUGAUGCGCCGAGAUGUGGAUUCAGUAACGCUGUUGUGCAGAUAAUGCGGAUGCACGCGGUGCCAUACGACAGCCACGAUGUCCUCGCGAACGAAGAUAUUCGACAGGGCAUAAAAGAUUACUCCAACUGGCCGACUAUUCCACAAGUAUUCAUCAAUGGAGAGUUUGUAGGAGGCUGCGACAUCAUGUUGCAAAUGCACCAAUCUGGAGAACUCGUUGAAGAACUGAAGAAGGUUGGAAUUAAAAGCGCUCUGCUGACAGCAGAAGAGAACAAAAAAGAAGAAGCAAAGUGAUCUGGUAAUUCUCCAUGUAGCAUAAUUUAUAAGGUCCUUAAAGAUGUUAUUCCUAUUAUUGUUUUAAUUUAUCAUUAUUGAUUAUCUCACCUGUUGUGACUGACAUAUGUAAUAGAUAUUAAUGCUA